UUCACGCUGCUUCUUCCUCCUGUCUGUUUUCAUGUGUUUUUGGCAGUUUGGAGGCUUGUAAGGCUGGUCGAUGGUGUGAAACACGGGGUGUCCGAAGGGACAGCUUGUAGAGAUGAACAGUGAAAACUUCAGCCUGAGUGAGAAGAUCGUGUCGCCGUCCUACAUCCGACAGGGGAGCCAGGCCCGUCGCAGCCAUGAGCAGCUCAUCAGACACUUACUGGAGCAGGGUAAGUGUCCAGAGGAGGGAUGGAGUGAGAGCACCAUAGAGCUCUUCCUGAACGAGCUGGCGGUGAUGGACAGCAAUAACUUUCUCGGUAACUGCGGUGUAGGAGAGAGGGAAGGCCGUGUGGCAUCCAGCCUGGUGGCGAGACGACAUUACAGGUUGAUCCAUGGUAUAGGACGGUCAGGUGACAUCGCUGCUAUUCAGCCCAAAGCUGCAGGAUCCAGUCUGCUCAACAAACUGACCAACUCAGUUGUGUUGGACAUCUUAAAGCUCUCAGGUGUCCGGAGCGUGGCGAGCUGCUUUGUCGUUCCCAUGGCAACAGGAAUGAGCUUGACUUUGUGCUUUCUAACCCUUCGUCAUCGUAGACCCAAGGCUCGCUACAUCAUUUGGCCUCGCAUUGACCAGAAGUCCUGUUUCAAAGCCAUGAUCACAGCAGGCUUUGAGCCGGUGGUGGUGGAGAAUGUUCUUGAAGGUGAUGAAUUGCGGACAGACUUGGAGGCAGUUGAACACAAGAUCGAAGAGCUCGGAGCUGAGAACAUCUUGUGUGUUCAUUCAACGACGUCCUGCUUUGCCCCGCGGGUCCCUGACAGGCUUGAGGAACUGGCUGCUGUGUGUGCCAAGCAUAACAUUCCCCACAUAGUUAACAACGCAUACGGAGUACAGUCGUCCAAAUGCAUGCACCUUAUACAACAGGGGGCUCGUGUUGGAAGAAUUGACGCCUUUGUGCAGAGCUUGGACAAGAACUUCAUGGUUCCAGUAGGUGGCGCCAUUAUCGCAGGUUUUGAUGAAUCCUUCAUACAGGAGAUAAGCAAGAUGUACCCAGGUCGAGCAUCGGCCUCACCUUCCCUUGACGUCCUCAUUACUCUUCUCACUCUGGGAGCCAGCGGCUACAAGAAACUCCUGUUGGAAAGAAAGGAGAUUUAUUUGUUCCUGGCUCAGGAGCUGAAGAGUCUAGCCUCUGCACACAGGGAGAGAUUACUUCACACCCCACAUAACCCCAUUUCACUGGCCAUGUCUCUGGAUGGUCUCCAGGCUGAAAGCGACAAAGCAGUGACUCAGCUUGGCUCUAUGUUGUUCACCCGGCAAGUGUCAGGAGCCAGGGUAAUACCAUUGGGCAAGGAGCAGACUAUAAGCGGGCACACGUUCCGCGGCUUUAUGUCGCACUCUGAGGCAUACCCCUGUCCUUAUCUUAAUGCUGCUUCAGCUGUAGGUAUCACUCGGGAAGAUGUGACGCUGUGCAUCAAAAGACUUGACAAGUGCCUGAAGACCCUGAAGAAAGAGCGUGAUGCAGCGAAAAGUAGUUCCCCAGCACUUCCAUCGUGCGAGGAGGAUACAGCUGGGGAAUGACCGAUGGAGCUGAAAUAAAAACUUUAACAGGCGAGGGAGUUACUCUUAGUUUCAGCCCCCUGCUGCUUGCACUUCUUUUAAUCCUAAUUUGAAACGGGUUUAUGUUUUAAAUGGCACUUGCGCAUGGAUUAUCAAUCCAAACAUUAUGAAAAUGUCAAAGACUCGAGCGCAGAAGCAAUAGCUGCCGAUGAAACGGCGUGCAGGUGUUUAUUACAAACAAAAAAUACACAAGCUAAUGUCACUGGUUAAUUCCCUCCUCUGUGAAACUAAUUGGUAGGUAUUGUAUGGACACAAGCUGCAUACAAAUGCUUCUUGGGAGCAUAUGGUUGUUCACCACUAAUACAUAGUUAAACCAAAGCCUUGCAUUGUUGUCUAUAUUGAAAAUGCUUUACUUUGUUAUGGAUUUUGGACUCAGAAUAGAUUAUGGAUUUACCAUUUAUGAUGGCCUGUACUUCCUGUGUGUCUUCUCUCUUAAUUAAACCCACCUGAAGCCUCUGCAGUGCAGUUAUGGGAUUGAAUGUUCUGUAAAGUAGCCAGAUUUAGAGUUUUAUGCAAUACAAUCGUGAUUCCUCGUUUUUUCUUUGGUAAUGUAAGGCACACACAUGGUUGUGUUUCUGUUUUAGGAACACAUUAUGCUUUUCCACAAUAUUGAUAUGUGAAACCAUAUAGCUUUAUAAUGUAGUAUGUUGUUCCAUGUCUUCUGCAGUGUGGUGUAAUGCGAUACAAAGCCGCUGAGCCAUUACCUCCAUUCCAUUUGAACCCGGUGUAUUGGAUUAGCUCAUUUACUUUCAGGCUGUGGAACUGAUGAUCAAUGAAGUGGACCAAACACAGGUGACUCCUGUGUUUAGUGAAGGAAAUGUUCUCUGAACUUGUACUUUCUGACCAUUACGGGAUAGUUAGGAUUUCUUGGAGUGGUGGUGUAUGUGUGAAUUAUCCUCAGUCUGCAUGCCCCCAGUUUGGAGUAGAAAAAAAAACAAAAAC